AUGCUAUCCGUGAAUGCUCAUUAUAAUGUAAGAGAUAUUAUCGAUAUUAAACCGUUACCAACGCCGUCAUGUAUUGGCGAAAAGGUAUCAGUGAGAAGUUCAACAACUUACAUUAGCCCUAGUUUGAAAAAAGAUCAAUGGAAAAAUAACCAUGAAAGAAGAACUAAACAAGUCACUGAGUGUGGCUAUCGAUCUGUGCCUCACCGUCCUUAUAAGCCCGUUGGCGAAAUGUGCCUUGAUGAAAAGCAGCUAAUACUAUCUGCUUUAGGCCAAAGCAAUAAUCAUGCUGAUCAAGAUGGAGGAACAAAUACACCAAGCGAUAAAGGCUUAUAUCACGAUAUCGCUAGAGGCGAUAAGUCGAAAGUGACAAUAAGCAGUUAUAAAAAGUUGUUAAAAGUUCAAGAUUUAGUCAAUAAAGAUAGUGAUCGAAUUUCUAAAAUUAAGCUUGGGCAUGGAUUAUUUCAAAUUAUUAAAGACGAAGAAAAAGCUAAGGCACAAAAGGCAGUCACUGAAGAGAUAGAAGCAAAAGCUAGAGCUAACAAGCAGUGGAAACCAUCGAAGGGAGAGCCUGAUUCGUCGUCAGACGAUGAUGAUGACAUAGGUUUCCGUGAGGUUGUCCAAAAUUAUUUGAUAAGGUAUCAAACACCUUCGUUACAGAAAGAUAAUCUGGAAUUGCCAUCUACUACGUCAAGUCCGAUUGGAGUAAAAUUUACACCAGUUAGUGCUCGCCAAACUAAUAAUGGCGAGUAUUCGCGAAUAAGCUUGGAUGGAUCACCUUAUGGCGAUACGAAGGAACAUAGUGGCCGUUCAACAGAAUCGCCACAUCCGAACUUUAGGUUACAUCGCAAGCAUUACAGAUCGCGAAAAAGCUCUUCAAUUCAAGUUCGUCCUUUUUCUCCAUAUUAUUCCAGUGUUGCCAGUUCACCGAUCCAAUCAGACAGAGAACAUAUCUUUCGUCAACUAUGUGUUAUUCAAUGGCUUCUGGAAGCUACAGCAUUAGAAUUGGGUUAUAUUAUGGUUCCUAUUUCUGCAUGUUGGAAAUUGAAUGAAUCAAAUGACGGAAAAAUGUCGCGUAAACGCCAAGAAAAGGAUAAUAAGAAAGCUUUGGAUAAUAAAUGGGAUGCAUUAUGCAAUAAUCCACAUCAGUUAUCUAAUAUUAUCAAAAUGCCUGAUAAACCAAAAACUGCACGAGGGCAGAAAAUUCUAAAGGAAGGCUGGCUAGUCAAGCGUAGUCGUAACAGAAACGCUAUCAAUAAAGAUGCCAAUUAUCGAUCUCGAUACGUCCGUUUAACGAAGGAUUACCUGAUAUAUUAUCUUAACGAGAAAUUGAAUAACUACAAAGAUUGUAUUCAUCUAAAAUAUGCUACUAUUGUUGAAUCGGUAAAAGAUCAUACAUUUGAAAAGAAGAAAAAUGUUUUUCAAAUUGGCCAGAAAAAUGAUUUUUUAUAUCUACUAGCUCAAAGCGAUAGUCAUCGUGAAGAUUGGCUGAAUGCAAUACGAAAUGCUUGCAUGAGACUAAGAAAUAAAAUGGAUAAAAAAUUUCACCCUGGGGCUUUAACUAAAGGUGAACGAUGGUCUUGCUGCUCUCAUCUGUCUAGUGCUGAAGGUUGCGAAGAUGCUUUUGACUAUACGCUAGAUACUAAGGUUAUUAAAGAAGGUUGGCUUACCAAAAGAAGUCGCAAUCGCAAAGAUCCCAAAAAAGAAGCCAAUUAUCGUGAUCGCUAUGUUAGAAUGACUACAGAGUGCCUGUCUUACUAUAUUACGAAUAAAGCGAACGCUGUACCUAAAGAUUCCAUGAAAUUAAAAGAUGUGACAAUUGUAGAAGCAGUUACCGAUGGCACAUUUGGUGAACGAAAAUACUUCUUUCAGGUUGGAUCAAAAGGAGAUCUUCUUUAUGCUCAUGCUAUGAACCCAACUGAUCGUGACGAAUGGGUAUUAGCAUUACGGCAGUGCUGUCAGAGAUUAAAACUAAAUAUGGAUCGGCGCUAUCAUCCUGGUGCCUAUACUGAUAAAUGGAGCUGUUGCCAAGCGGUUGAUCUUUCGCAAAAUGGUUGCCAACAUGCAUUUGAUUAUUCUACUGAAUUGUCAACCGUAGUUAAGAAAGGCUGGGUAGUAAAGCGGAGUCGUGGACGUGGAAAGAGUAAAAAUGCUGCAAAUUAUAGGGAACGAUUUGUUGUCUUGACAGAAGAAUUUUUAUCAUAUUAUGGAAAUGAAGCUGGAGAAUAUAAAGAUUGCAUUAACAUGAAGCAUGUCUCUAUUGUGGAACCUGUUAAUGAUGGAACGUUGGAGAGAGAUUUCGUCUUUCAGGUUGGGAGUAAAGGAGAUAUUUUAUAUAUAUGUGCUCCUAAUGAAGAAGAACGAGAAGAUUGGAUUGUAGCUUUAAGAUUUGUAACUCAACAACUGCAUAACAAGAUGGAAGAUAGAUUUCAUCCUGGAGGUUUUACUAGGAGUAAAUGGACAUGUUGUGAUUAUCCUUCCCUCGAUGAAGAUGGGUGCCAGAGAGCGUUUGAUUAUAGUAAAGGUGUUGCAUACAGUCCUAAAACAGAAGAAGAUUACUACCCUAUGCCAACUGAUGAUAGUUUAUACGCUUUUAAUGGUAAUAUUAGUCCAUUUAUGGUUGGUAGCUCAACGACACCAAAAGCUGAGACAGCUAUUAAUAUUAAAAGCUCACGUCGAGCGUCUUUAGCAAAAUCGAGCGAUAUUAACCAAAUUACAAGACGUGUAUCAAUGGCUAUGCCCCCAACUAUGGAAGGUAUUGUAACUGGCAGGAGAUCAUCAAUGGCUGUUCAAGCAGAAGCUAUACCUCUGAGCAGCAAUAAGAGACAUUCAACAGCUGCUUCAAAACCGACUGAUUUUAGUCAAAUAACUAGGCGAAUAUCAUUAGCCGUAGGUAAAAUCCCUACUCAAGUUCCACUGACCCCUGGUGGACAAAAUGAAAAUGCACCAAAAAGCAAAUGGCCAAUUGCUGCCUUACGAAGUAUACAAAAAUUUAUGCAAUAUACACAACAUCGUCGAAUUAGAACAUUAGGAAACGCUGAGGAUGUUAGCAAGGACAAAAUUAGCGACGAUGCUAAAAUUAGGGCAUGGAUUGAAGAGUUUGGUGGCAUAGAAGAAGAUGACCGCCAGCGAAAGAAAAAAUUACGACCGCAAAGCGCACCUGUUAAAAAUACACCGGGUACUGCAGGUAUUGAGAGAUACCAAGAUUUAGCGUCAAGAAUGCGACAGAAGUUUAUUGAUGUUGCCAAAGAAAACGAAGAGUUACUACACGAUCAGUUAGAUAGGAUAGAAAUGAAAAGAUCUCAAAAAUGCGAGCUUCGCUUCUUUGCUAUUGAGCCCAAGACUUAUGUUCAUCGGGAUUUAGGAAAAAUGCGACAUAAGAUAAAAAAAAUCGAAAUACGCCAAGCUAACAAAUCAGUCCAUCGACCUUGGUAUAUUAAUCUAGUCGACACUUUACCGGAAAGUAUUCGGGAAGAUCGUCAAUGUUCUCAAACGUUAGAAAGGAUUUCAUCCCACGCUAAGAUUGAUGGAAUAGUUCCGAGCUCUGUCCAGUUAAUUCGAGUACUAUCUGGGUUACGUCAUUGGGAAAUUUGCUCUCCAGAUAUUAGUGCAGCUAUAGAAUUUGUAAGAGAAAAGAUAGUAGAAAUGCCUGAUUACGAAUAUGAAGAAUGGUUACGAUCCAUUUUACCUAUGAAAAAGCCCAGAGCUGAAUCUGAUCCAACAAGUACGAACAAAAGUGACUCGUAG